UAUUCUGGAUUUUGUCCGGCGACUAGAUUCUCCUCCACGUUCGAGCUUCCGGUACACUCGUGACGUCAAAAAAAUUUCAUCAACAAAUCAAGGAUCUACGCUGAUUAUAAACUUAAACCAAGGAUGUCAUAUGCAUAUUUGUUUAAGUACAUUAUAAUAGGAGAUACAGGGGUGGGAAAAUCAUGUCUUCUGCUCCAGUUCACAGACAAAAGGUUUCAACCUGUACAUGAUUUGACAAUAGGUGUUGAAUUUGGAGCUCGCAUGAUAACGAUAGAUGGCAAACAAAUUAAACUACAGAUCUGGGAUACUGCAGGACAGGAGUCAUUCCGCUCCAUCACAAGGUCAUAUUAUCGCGGUGCAGCCGGAGCAUUGUUGGUUUAUGACAUCACAAGGCGGGACACAUUCAACCACCUAACUACAUGGCUAGAAGAUGCACGCCAACAUUCCAACUCCAACAUGGUCAUUAUGUUAAUUGGCAACAAAAGUGACUUGGAGGCCAGAAGAGACGUGAAGAAAGAAGAGGGUGAGGCAUUUGCCCGGGAACAUGGUCUUAUAUUUAUGGAGACUUCAGCUAAAACAGCAGCUAAUGUAGAAGAGGCAUUUAUUAACACAGCCAAAGAAAUUUAUCAAAAGAUUCAAGAUGGAGUGUUCGAUAUUAAUAAUGAGGCUAAUGGUAUAAAGAUUGGACCGCAGCAUUCCCCAAGCCCAAGCUUGCCCUCUUCAUCAGGUGGAGGAUCGCAGGGAAGUGGAUGCUGUUAAAGUAAAGGAAUUCGUCCUAAAGAAAGGGGCGGCAACCACAAGGAAAAAGUCAAGUUCUCUUGCAAAUUGGCAUAGGUCUCUAUUUUUCAUUUUGGAAUAAAGGCUGUUAGAAAAGUUCUGAAAACAUUGUAAUAUGGAUUUUAAUUGAUAUGGCUGUUGUGAAAUCCAAGUUCCUGAUAUUAUAUUACAAAAUUAAAUCACAAUGUACUGAAAACUGCUGUAAAAGGAGAAUCAAUAGUAUAUUAUCUGAAUUAUAUCACAUUAGACUCUUUCUCUUUUUUUGUUUUUUGUAUAUUUGUUGAUUUUUUGUUUUGUUUUUUGUUUCUUGGUUGGUUUUUUUCCAAAUUUAUUUUGAUACAAAUGUACAUGUACAAUGUAUGCUUAACUUUAUUCCUAGUUUAUUCAGAAAUUUAUUUCAUUUCAGUGAUAAAAAUGUUCUGCAAAACAUGAAUAAUUUGCAGAGUUUCUUGAACAUACAUGUAAAAAUAAGCAUAGCUAUUAAAUAUCUAAAUUUAUAUACACCAUUCAGAUUUAGUAUGUCUUCAUGAGGAAAACAGGAGGGGAAAAUUCUGGAUGUGAUUGAAUGAUGUGCAAUGACAUUCUUUAGAUACAAGUUGAUAAAAUAGAGUGUGUUGAAUGGAUGUGUGUUAUUUUUUAUUUAUGGUUGUAAUACAUGUAUGUGGUUUAUGUAUGUUUUACAUAGUAUUUUAUUUCAUAGUCAUUUAUAUUUGUGUAUAUGUCUUCUCUUUACAUCUCAUGUUCCAACAAAUGUUUUCCUGGAAAAUGGAAGACUAUAAUUCAAAUUUUGCAAAACAUUGGACAAAGAAAAAUUUCAAUCAUGCUAUCAUUCCGUGUAAUUGAUCACAUUACUGCCGUUAGCUUUCUAGUAGAUACUACACUAACCAGACAACACUAAAUACCAUGCAAACACGAACUUCACUGCUUUGGCAUCAAUUGAUAAUCAGUUUAAAUAUCAGGAAAUGUCAUAUUCUUUUUUUUUAAAAUAUAUAUUGUCAUAAUGCUAAACUAGAUUAGAGAGGUAACUGAAACAGUUCUCUGAUAUUUUGAUGACGCAAAUUGAACUAUUGUAUGGACCUGAAUUUCUUGUUAAUCUGUGUCCAUUAUACACGUGUAUUUAGUUUUGUCUGGUAAGUAUUAGUUAUAUAUAUAUAUAUAUAUAUAUGUCCUCCAUGUUGUAUGUCAAAUUCCAAACAUCUAAAUGCAAAUUACAUUAAAAAGCUAUGUAAUGUGA